AGAGAAAAGAGGGAGAGAGAGAGAGGGAGAGAGAGAGACAAGAAACGGGAGGAGGGGAUAAGGAAAUUAAACCCUUUAAGUCAAUGCAUAUUGUGGUGACACCGGCACAGGAGCCCUCACGGUGGAGUCGGCCAGGGCUGUGCGUUCCCAAAAUAUGACCAGGGGUGCUUGGAUGUGUCGGCAGUAUGACGACGGCUUAAAAAUCUGGUUGGCAGCACCCCGGGAGAACGAGAAACCGUUCAUCGAUUCAGAGAGGGCUCAGAAAUGGCGACUGUCUCUGGCAUCUCUCUUGUUUUUCACAGUCCUGCUCUCUGAUCACUUGUGGUUCUGCGCCGAGGCCAAGCUGACCCGGGCCCGGGACAAGGAGCAGCAGCAGCAGCAGCGGCAGCAGCAGCAGCGACAGCGGCAGCAGCAGCAGCAGCAGCAGCGGCAGAGGCAGCAGGAGCCCUCCUGGCCCGCGCUCCUGGCGAGCAUGGGGGAGUCCUCGCCCGCCGCCCAGGCACACAGACUCCUCUCCGCCUCCUCGUCCCCCACCCUGCCCCCCUCCCCGGGAGACGGCGGCGGCGGCAAGGGCACCCGAAGCAAAAACAACCGGGGCAAGGCUCUUUUUCUAGGAAACUCUGCCAAACCUGUGUGGCGCCUGGAGACUUGUUACCCCCAGGGCGCCUCCUCGGGCCAGUGCUUCACGGUGGAGAGCGCGGACGCCGUGUGCGCCAGGAACUGGAGUCGGGGGGCGGCGGCCGGGAGGGAGGAGCAGCAGGUGAGGGGGACGCAGCCAGCUCCUCUCUGGAACUUGUCGGAUUUUUACCUUUCGUUUUGUAAUUCCUACACACUUUGGGAGUUAUUCUCGGGGUUGUCCAGUCCCAACACUUUGAACUGUAGUCUGGAUGUGGUGCUCAAGGAGGGCGGUGAGAUGACCACUUGCAGGCAGUGCGUCGAGGCUUACCAAGACUACGACCACCACGCUCAGGAGAAGUACGAAGAGUUUGAAAGCGUGCUCCAUAAAUAUUUGCAGUCGGAGGAGUACUCGGUGAAAUCGUGUCCUGAGGACUGUAAGAUUGUCUACAAAGCCUGGCUGUGUUCCCAGUACUUUGAAGUCGCCCAGCUUAACUGCAGAAAGACAAUUCCUUGCAAGCAAUACUGUUUGGAGGUUCAGACAAGGUGUCCGUUCAUACUGCCCGACAAUGAUGAAGUGAUCUACGGGGGACUGUCCAGUUUCAUCUGUACAGGGCUCUACGAAACCUUUCUCACCAAUGAUGAACCAGAAUGCUGUGACGUCAGGAGAGAAGCAAAAUCAAACAACCCCUCCAAAGGGAUGGUGGACAGAAGCGGCUCCUGCCCGCGGGCGCCGCUCACAGCCUCAUCAGCCACAAGACUGUGCAGCAGCCACAGACUCAGACUGUGCGUUCUCGUGCUGAUCCUCCUGCACACAGUCCUCACAGCCUCCGCGGCGCACAACGCCACGGCGCUGACCUUCGGCGGCAUCAACACGCUGGACGAGAGCUCCGCCAGCGAGGACUAGGGAGCGCGGAGCAUCCCCGUUGCCCCGGUAACCGCGGAGCGCACGGUCGGAUGUCAGACUCGGUGCUCUGACCCGCCCAUCGCCGCGCGCGGGGCCUGGAGGGCAAAACUUAAAAAAGAGGGGCCUGAGUCCAAAUAAGGACACAAACCCAGCUUUUUAUUGACUAAAAGGCUGGAAAGUGACUUCAAUUUCUCACACCAUUUUAUACACUGUGUUUUAAUGUUUGGAGGUUUUAUUUGCUUUUCCUUUUGAUUUGGGUUUAUCUGUUUGUUUAGUUUUUGCACUUGUUAAUACAGGAUUUAUUUGGGGGGAUGGUUUCUCAGAGGUAAACUAAGUCUUUUCACUGUCUCUCUCUCUCUAUAUAUAUAUAUUUCUAGUCAUUGUGUGUGUUCAUCAGAUAGUUUCGUCUCUACGUCCUGUCAGUUUCUAUUAGCGGAAUGACGGCUAUGACCUCACGGUAUAGCAAAAAACAACAACAAAAAUCAAUAAAAAAUAAAAAAAAAAAGACAAAAAUAGAAAACAACAAAAAAAUAAAAAUAAAAAGCCUCCCUCACUCUCCCUCCUGCCUAUGGAACCGACGCCUUUCCCGGCCUGCCCGGCCCGGGCCUCCCUCCCCAGCAGACGACAUCCGCUUGCUUCUGUCGUUGUCGCCGCAGUGAGUGGGCACAGUGCACGCUCCGCUGGGCUUCUGAGCCGCUGUCGCACAAACCCGCAACGGAGCAAAACCGGGGAGGGGGCCCUUUCCAGCUGAACAAACACGUGCUCUCCAUAACAGGUGGUCUCAGAAAGGGAACACAUCUUUAUGUUGAAAACAAAGGCAAAGAAAGCUACCAUGAACUCUGUUGGUCCAGCUCCCCCUCCCAAGGGUCCAGUCCUUCCUCGCUGGUCGGGUGGCUGGGAGCAGCCACCCAGGAGGAGGAUGUGAGGAGGUAGGAAGUCCUGUCCUGAAGCCCGCAGGUGGCUGGGCUCUUGGGAUUCCAGUUCCGUUGCAAAUAGACAGGAGCACGUUUUGGGCACUGUCACAGGAACAGGUUUCCAAGGACGCAAAUUUGGACUUCUUUUUCCUCCUUUCCUGUUGUGGAGGAGAGAGCAGACGUGCUCCAACACCUGCAGCAUACAGAGUCUAGACCAUUUCUCCCCAGUAUUUCCCCCACAUCCAGUUUUUAAUGCCUCCAGGUCUAAAGUGGAUGCAAAUGUGCAUUAUCAAAAAGAACUUCUUUUCCAAAACUAGGUUAGCCAUUUUCAUUCACGUGCAAAAACGUUGUCACUCUCCAUGCUCUAGGUAGUUGAAGACAAGAAAAGUCUGAUCGCUCUGUCUAUAUUUUUUCUUUUCGUGGGAACAUUUCACCGCUGAGUCUCUAUGAAUUUGCUUUCUAAGAAAAAGGCUUUUAUGAGUUUACAGUAGAAUCAGUGGAAGGAAGAGUUAAUAAGGGCUGUUUUUAAAACAAAACAAAUAAUUAAAAAAAAAAAAAACACUUUACAUUCCUUCCUAGUCUCUAACUACGCUCGGGAAGCGCACUCCAGAUCUGUUUGCUGUGUCACCGGGAGAUGAAGGAAAACCAUGGAAAAGGUCCUCUUAGCGAACAAAAUUUAGUUAUUAACUUUAUAGCUAUGAAAUUCCCCGGGGCAUUUGUUUUUGUUCAAACUUUAACCUCUGCAUCAUACUUAACUCUGCGACACGCGUACAGUAUGCAUAUUUUGUUUUGAAUAAAAAAAAUGUUUUGUUCCAGUCUGUUAAGAAUAUUCAAAAAUAAUAAAGGUAUUGCUUAAUAAAAUUGCUAGAAUUGUUUAGCAGUACAUGCACUGAUAUUUUACUAGAUUCUUUGUUUUAAUAGUGUUUUGUUGAGACUGAAAAAUCCUAAAAUGGUCUGCGCAAAUACAAAAAAAAAAACACC